AUGGAAGCAGUUCCUGCUUGCCAGCCCGCUUGUCAACCUGCCUGUGAGCCAUCCUGUGUGCAGCAGAUCCAACCGGUACUCUCGGUCCAACCUCAGUGCGCUCCCCAGUGUAUGCCUGCUUGUGAACCUCAAUGCAUCCAGAAGGUCCCAGCUCUAAUCCCAUCUUGUCCGCCAUCUUGCCAACCAGCGUGUGAACCAUCUUGUGUCCAGCAGUUGAUUCAACCAGUAGUUUUGGCACAACCGCAAUGUGCUUCGCAGUGCAUGCCUGCCUGCGAACCUGUUUGCAUUCAAAAGGCCCCAGCAGUCUCCGUUUGCCAACCUGCUUGUCAACCUUCCUGCGAACCAUCCUGUGUGCAGCAGAUCCAACAGGUAGCCUCGGCACAACCUCCAUGCGCUCCCCAGUGUAUGCCUUCUUGUGAACCUCAAUGUAUCCAGAAGAUGGUAUCCGCAGUCCCGUCUUGCCAGUCAGCUUGCCAACCAGCUUGUGAGCCGUCGUGUGUACAACCGGUGCCGCUUAACGCCCAAUGCGCUACUCAGUGCAUGCCAGCCUGUGAACCCGUCUGUGUCCAGAAGGCCGUGACGACUCCUGCAUGUCAGCCACAAUGCCAGCCUGUAUGCGAGCCAACUUGCAUACAAAACGUAGUUCAAGCGGUAUCGGUUCAGCCACAACUUCAAUGUGUCUCACAAUGUAUGCCAGCUUGUGAGCCUAGCUGCGUACAAAUGGCCCAAGUCCCUAUUCCUCAACCUCAAUGUAGCCCGUCUUGCAUGCCAGCAUGUGCACCUUCUUGUGUUGCAGCGGUACGUAACUCUUAAUA